UUUUGAAGCGAGGAAACAAAUUAUUUUACACCAAAGUGUGGUCCAAGCCAAACUUAAAAGUCCUGCUCCCCCCUGCUCAGUGCUCGAUCACCAUGUCAACAAAAACCAAAAAUCUUGCAGAGUUGCAGAGAGGAAGAGUCUGAUUUAUCAAAAUGACUUCCUUCAAUCCCUUCUCUCUUCCCAUCGCGUUCCUUUCCGUGCUUACCUUCCUCAACCUCAUCACUUACGCUGCUGCCCAAAAUUACCUCUACCACGUCUGUGCAAACACUACCUUCGCUGAAAAUAGCAUCUACAGUUCCAAUAUCAACUCCCUCCUCUCUUCCCUCUCCUCCAACGCCACCGGCAACAUCGAAUUCUACAACACCACCGCCGGCCAAACCACCUCCAACCCCGUCUACGGUCUCUUCAACUGCCGCGGAGAUGUCGAUGGUGAUAUGUGCCGAAGAUGCGUGGUCAACGCAACCCAAAAGCUGUCCAGUAAGUGCUCAGGGGAGAAGGUUGCUGUUACUUGGUACGACGAGUGUAUGGUACGCUACUCCAACGAGUCUAUCUACUCCAAAGUGGCCGUAAUGCCUAUAUUUCACUUGUACAACACACAGAACAUGACCGAGCAGGACCGGUUUAACAGGCUAGUGAACACGACGUUGACCAAAAUGGCACGAGAGGCUUCCAACUUUCCGAUCGGUGUCAAGAAAUUUGGAGUUAAGGCAGUGAAGUUUUCCGAUUUUCAAAAUCUGUACAGCAUCGUACAGUGCACACGGGACCUUUCCAGCACCGACUGCAAUAGUUGUCUUCAGGCAGCUAUAAACCUUCUUUCUAUAUGUUGUAGUGGAAAGCAAGGAGCAAGAACUCUCUUCCCUAGUUGUAAUGUUGGGUACGAGUUGUACCUCUUCUACCAUGUACCCACAGCGCCCACACCUACAGCAGCUCUUCAACCUCCAUCGUCAGGAAAAAGCAAAAUCUCAAAAGUAACAAUAAUUUCCAUUGUUGCUCCAAUUGCUGGCUCUGUGUUGCUACUCGUUCUGGCCUACUGUUUCCUAAGCCGGAGAGCAAGAAAGAAGUCCAAUGCUAUAAAGGGGGAAAAAUCUAAGAAAUGCGAUCUAAUCCUUAUUUAUCAAGCAGCAAAUGAAAUUGCAAAGGAAAUAACAACUGCAGAGUCCUUGAAAUUUGAUUUUGGAACAAUUGAAACCGCCACAAAUAAAUUCUCAAAGGACAAGAAGAUAGGUGUAGGUGGAUUUGGGGAAGUUUAUAAGGGUACACUUCCUAAUGGACAAGAAAUAGUUGUGAAAAGGUUCUGGAGAAGAUCUGGACAAUAUGAAGAGCAAUUUAAGAAUGAGGUUUUAGUGGCAGCUAAACUUCAACACAAAAAUUUAGCAAGGUUGAUCGGAUUUUGCAUGGAAGGAGAAGAUAAGAUGCUCAUCUAUGAAUUUGUCUCCAAUAGAAGCCUUGACAAUUUUCUAUGUGAUCGAAAAAAGCGAGCACAAUUGGAUUGGUCAAGACGUUACAAGAUAAUAGGAGGGAUUGCACAAGGAAUUAAAUAUCUUCACGAAGAUUCUAAACUUAAAAUUAUACAUCGCGACCUAAAAGCUAGUAGUAUAUUGCUCGAUGCGGAUAUGAACCCAAAAAUUUCUGAUUUUGGCAUGACAAGGAUUCUUGAAGUUCAUCAAAUUCAAGGAGACACAAGUAAAAUUGUGGGGACAUAUGGUUAUAUGUCUCCAGAAUAUGCAAUGCAUGGAGAAUUCUCUGAGAAGUCUGAUGUGUAUAGUUUUGGCGUCUUAGUCUUAGAAAUUAUCAGUGGGAAGAAGAACAACAACUUUGAAUCAAAAGGUGCUGAGGACCUCUUGAGCUAUGCUUGGAUACAUUGGAGGGAUGAAAAACCCUUGGAAUUGUUGGACCGAGCUUUGGGAGAUUCUUAUUCGAGAGAGGAAGUCAUGAGAUGCAUCCAUAUUGGCUUAUUAUGUGUUCAGAAAGAUGCGGCUGACAGACCAACCAUUGCAUCAGUGCUGCACACGCUCAAUAGCUACUCUGUCAUUCUAGAAUCCCCUGAACAGCCGGCGUUUUUCCUUGGCACUAAAGCAGACCCGAACAUGCCUGCAAAGGAUAUGGCGUCUGGUCAGUCUAUUAGCAUGUCAAUGCCAUGGUCUAUCGAUGAAGCAUCCCUUCCCAAACCACACCCUCAUUAGUGUAAAGGAAGCAAAAGAGUGUGCCAAAUAUUGUGCAAAUAAGUGUGGGCACACUGGGCAGACUGUAUGGACAUUUAGAUUAUGUGGGAUUUUGUACAAUAAAAGUAAGAAAA